GAAGCGUUCACAACUCGGGCAAAGAGACUGGAAGAGCGCCGUGCUUUCCGGGAGUUUCGAGUGAGAGAGAGAGAGCAAACGCCGAGUUCGCAUAUCGGCCAUCGGCAUAUCCGUGUUUGUUGUUUGCCAGCGCGUGUGUUCGUUGGUGUAUCAGUGUGUGUGUGUGCACUUUGUGCUUGCCGUUAUCGUUGUUGUUUUUGUUGUUGUUUUUGUUGUGCGACGGCCACACGCGCAACGAAAGCGAAAGUUUUGUUUGGCGCGCGUGUUGCCAUUGGCGUCUAUGAAUUUGCACACACACGUCCCGCCGCCGCCGCCGCCGCUGCCGAGAAUAGAUUAAAAGCGUGCGAAAACAAAUAUAAAUAAAUAUCUGUACAACAACCACAACAAGAAGAAGAAAAAGCGGAAAAAUAAUGCUCAUUAUUUCCAAUGAGAGUGCAUUAAAUUAAGGGUAUCUAGCGGAAAAAAAAGUCAGCGCUAAACAUCCCCCACACACGCCAGCAUUAUCCUCGUGCUAACUUUCGCUGCCAGGGUAAAAGUACAGAUAUAUUAAGGAGGCCCCCGUGAAAUAAGAUGACGCCCACCAUAUGUUCGGAUAAAAAGCAGCUGCGCGAAACGAGGCGACAUCAUGGCGUGGCCACAGUCACCACAUCAUCCGCUGCCACAGCCACCACAUCCUCGUCAUCAUCCUCAACCUCAUCCUCAUCCUCAUCCUCGUCCUCAACAUCUGCAGCUGGUGCCACACAAGCCAGCUCGGUGCUAGCCUAUGUGGCCAAAGGUUCGAUGAACCCCUCGAGUCGUCGUCGCCCGAUGAGACUGCAACGAAGACUGUCACCUUUUUCCGCCCGCCAGGCGGCCUCCUCCUCGACGGAUACCAGCAGCGGGGUGGAGACCGAGGUGGAGAUGGAUUCGGUGCACCGGAUGCAGUUGGACGAGGAUAGCUACUCGGCAGCCAGGAUUCAGUAUCAUCAGCAGCAACAGCAACCACAUUCCAGCAGCGACAGCAACAUCAAGACAGUAUUACAGCCCAACUCCUUCAGUAGCAAACACAAUAGAUCGGCUCCACCGGCCGUGAAGUUCUGCGAGGAGGUGCCCACCGAGGAGGAGGACGAUGAUGGCGGCGACAGUGGGUAUGGAUACAGCCAGGAGCCGGUCAAGGAGCUCCACCUGCAGCAGCACUAUCAUCAACACAACAGCGACGGUCUGCUGUCCAUUGCUAUCAAGACCAUCAAGCUGGUGCAGCGCAAUAAGCUCCUCCAGAAGCGGUUGACCCAACUGCAACUGGAGACCUCGGAGUUCAUUGCCUCUGUGUUGGCCAAUCCGGAGAACAGGCAAUUCCGGGAGAAGAUUACACCCAAGGCGGAGGCCAAAGUCAGCAAUGUGCUUUUACGCCACUAGGAGGGCUGAAAAAAUUAAAACCCGAAACAAUUAAGCCCUUUUUCUGGAUGUGUUGGAGUGUUAAGAAUUAUUUUAUUUAAUAUUCAAAAUCAUGAGAAGCCAGAAAUCUUUAAUUUGUUUGAUUUAUUUGGUUUACCACAAGAGCUUAAUUUGGCAACAUGUUGCUACAACAUUUUAAGGUUGCCAGAAAAUGUGUAGCCUGCUUAUGGGCUGCGUAUGCAAGAUGUUCAAGCUGAUGUAAGGUGUAUGUAAAAAUCCUACACAUUUUACAUUUCUUAAAAUUUUAUAUAUUUAAUAAUUAUUAAUGUUUCCU